AUGUGUAACUUGUGCAACGUUCAACCGAUUAUUUUCUCAACAGAAGUGUCUGUGGCCGCAUUAGUUCUGAUUUGGCAGCUGUAUGAAUCGGUAUGGUUAUUUCAAAGUGAAGGCUGUACUUCGGAUAAAGAUCAAUAUUCGUUUGGUGAUGCUGGCAUUAACAAACUUCUGGAACUGAGUUAUAAUUUUGUUUUGUCAACCAAGCUCAGGAAACAUUUUGGAGAAGUAGAAAACUUUUUUGAAAAUUAUCAUUGGAAAGAGUGUGAUUACCCAAACAAUUUGCUAAGAAAUGUGGCUGAGUCAUCAUGUUCAACUGCUUUUAAACUAGUCCUUGACAUUGACAUCUUUCCCAGCGCCAAUCUCCACAAAGCGUUCGGUGAAAUGAUUGAAAAACAUCCCUUAUACAUCAGUCAAGCGCAAAAAUUAGCUUAUAUAGUACCUGUAUUUGAAACAGAGUCACCAGAGGAACUUCUUUCUAUAAAGUCUAAAGAAAGGCUAUUAAGAUCAGUAAGGUUGAACAGGACCCGACAAUUUUAUGUAGCGGUUUGUGCAAAAUGUCAACGUGCUACAAACUACAAGAAAUGGUUGGAGUUGAAAGUUAGCUCAGAUUUGAAAGGAGCAUAUGAAAUAAUAUGGGAACCAUCAUACGAACCAUUUUAUAUCCUACCGAGUACCGCUCCUUCUUAUGAUGAGAGGUUCAGUCAGUAUGGAUUUAACAGAGUUAGUCAUGCAUGUGAACUUCACGUAAGUGGAUACAGAUUUAUCGUACUGAACAAUGCAUUCCUUGUACAUGACACAUUCAAACUUCAAACUUCUUUUCAUUCUGACAAACGUGACGACGAGCUCAUAAACAGAGUAAAAUACCAAAAGUUUAAAGAAGAUUUAUUGCAAAAGUAUUCUACCUCUUUAAAAUAUUGUUGA